AUGAAUCCCGACGCUGAAAAUGAAUAUUACGAAGACGUAUUGCCGUCGUUCGAAAUGCACAAUUACCUGUUCAAUCGAACACUCUUUGAUACCGAAAGAAUCCCUCAAUCUGGCUUGCCCCCAUACGGAGAAUCGUAUCCUGAGUCCACCACAUCUUCGCAGUCUGUAGCCACUGCGAACCCUAUCUCGCCAAUUGACAAUCCUGAUCUACUUGUACUCAAUAAUUUGAGUACUCUUCAGACUAUCGAUUUGCCUCUCAAAGUGUCUAUCGUCUUCACGAAAAAAUUUCCUAUUUUUGGAGAACCCUAUGAGAAAGAAUCUCCGCUUCGAUGCUACCAGCCUGGAGAGAUGAUUGUGGGAUUUGUGACCAUUGAGAAUACAUGUAAUGAAAUUAUUCCGUUUGAGAUGCUUCUUUCAGCCAAUAGCACCUGCUCCACGUAUCACAGACAAACGUUUUUGAGAACCUAUGAUCUGAGUGCUUGCUUCCACCACGGAUGCAUAAACCCAGCUCCAUAUAAGACGGUAGAAUGCUUAUCAAGAGACCCCAUCGAUGACACCCUUUACGGAUUUGGUGAUUUAAAAGAGAUUUUCCCGGGAGCCAAACACAAAAAAUGUUUUGCGUUCCGACUGCCCUCUUAUCUGCUAGAGACUUCCUGCUCUAGUGGUACGCUCGAUCACUUGCCAAUGCCUCCGAGCUUUGGAGUGAAUCCGUUUGCUUUAGGUGGCAAGGCAACGGAUAUCAGAGUCAAAGAAGCUCUUGGCUACGGUAGAGCAGAUGAUCCAGGGUGUCCCAUUGUGACCAACGACUUCUGCGAUAAGGGCGUGUCAAUUACCUACAGCGUCAAUCUGAGGUUACUGGGAAGACCGCAGGAGCUUUAUAAGAAAUUUUACAAGCGCCAUACAACCCAUGACUACCAGUUUAUCAUUGUGAGGGACUUCAGCAUUCCCUUCCGAUUCACUAAUACUAAUAUUCCAGCAUGCUACGAUCGUAGAGAUGUUGAGGAACAGAUAGACAAGAUCGAACACACAGUGGCAGAGACGCUAGUUGAUCUUGAGGAACGUCGAGGCUUGAUUGAAGCUGGUAUCACGGACACUAAAGAACAAGACGAGCUCUUGGCAGCGGAAGGUGCUGAGAAAAAGAAAUCUUUUGGUUCCCCCCGGGAUCCAUCCUUGAAGACUACGUCCAUAAUCAAGCUGGGUAAAGGGUUUUUGAAGACUGACACACAAUUCGAAGUCGAUAUUGAGAGUACAGAUGGAAUGGUCUUGAGCUCAUUUGAACCAGCUCCUUUGAAAAGAAUUGCUUUGUCUUGCGUCAAAGACAGCUCUAGUCAACUUCCACGGUACAAGCAGUCCACGUUUUCGAGCAAUUCAUCAGUUUUUGAGGACGUUAGUGUGUCUACGGUUCCUACAGAGCUCACCGCAGAGCCUACCCACGUCAACUUCGUUUUGAGAACGACUGACAACGUGCUACCUGAAGAGAUUACGGUGAAACCCGGCUUGAAAGCUUUCAACAUAUAUUCCAGCCACCAUCUUCCUCUGGUGUUCAACGAAAACACCCCUUGCAAGUUUUACGAGCCGAGUGUAAUUUUCAAAAUCAACAGAAAGUUUGAACACUACGUAUGGGAGCUACAACGCCUUGGUAAGAGGACACAUCAUCCUAUAUCUAAGCAGCUAUACGAGAGUUCGCUUAGCCUGAACAAGAUGAGAUGUAAAGGGAGAGCUCUUGAUAUUUUUGAAGAGCAACGCAUACGAUUGAAGUGGGAAAAAACAAAAGAGGGAUUCGUUGCAAGUGUGACUGUUCCGCUGGUUUACGAGAGCAAGAAAACUCGUAAUGUGCAUUUGAUUCCAAGCUUCCAGACCUGUUUUCUGGCAAGACAGUAUGUUCUGGAGCUUAAGAUAGGGAAAAACCAGCCUUUGGCGGUUCCGGUCCGGGUUGCCUAG